UUAAUUCGCGUCGAGCAUCCUUUCUUUUACCAUUGCAUAAACAGCAGGUUUGAGAAAGAAAGAAACAGAGAAACAAAGAAAUGGGAAGGCAAGAUUUAGAAGAUGAACAAGAAAUGCUACUUGGCCAAGCUAAGAUAUGGCAAUACAUUUUUGGAUUUCUUGAUGGCAUAGCUUUAAAAUGUGUCGUGCAAUUAGGUAUUCCUGACAUAAUAAACUCCCAUGGCCGCCCUCUUUCCUUCUCGUCCAUUGUUAAAACCAUCAACCAACCUUCUCUUGAUGCUGACCGUCUUUCCCGUGUCAUGACACUGUUAGUUCGUCGAGGAAUUUUCACUGCUACUAGUUCAGAAGAAGAAGAUGGUGUUCAUGCUACUCUUUAUGGGCUAACAAACGCCUCCAAAUGGUUAAUACGUGAUUCAGAAAUGAGUCUUGCUCCCAUGUUGCUUUUGCAGCACCAUAGAGAGUGGCAAUCGGCCUGGCAAAACCUUCCUGAUAUAGUAAAAAAUGGUGAUUCUGGGUUUACCAGUAAGUCUCACGGCGGGUCAAGUCUUUGGGAUUUUGCGUCUGCAAAUUCUGAAUUUAACACCAUAUUUAAUCAGGCUAUGGCUGUGACCUCGAAACUAGUUGUAAAAGCAUUUAUGAAGACUUAUAAAGAUGAGUUGAAUGGUAUAGGAUCGCUUGUGGAUGUUGCUGGCGGGACUGGUACCCUGGUGAGUGAGAUUGUGAAGGCUCAUCCUCAUAUAAAAGGUAUUAACUUCGAUCUUCCACAUGUAAUAGCUGAGGCACCGGAGCAUGCCGGAGUCACUCAUGUUUCCGGCGACAUGUUUACAGGCAUUCCACCAGCUGAUGCCAUUAUUUUGAAGUGGAUAUUGCAUAAUUGGAGUGACGAAGAUUGUAUCAAAAUCUUGAAAAACUGUCAAAAAGCUCUGCCGGAGAAAGCUGGACGGCUUAUAAUAAUCGAUGCAGUUUUACUCCCAGAAGGAGAUAAUCUAUUCGAUGAAUUGGCAUUGAUAGGUGAUAUGGCGAUGAUGGUUCAUCUCAAUGCGCAGGAAAGGAAUGAAGCAGAAUGGAAAAAAUUAUUAGAGGAAGCAGGCUUUACUAGCUACAAGAUAAUCAAAAUGCCAGACCAAGCAUCCAUCAUUGAAGCUUACGUAAAUUAGUUAAUAUGAAUAAGAUUAUUGUAUUCCUCCAAAUAAAUAAUUAUAUCCUUUUGAAUUAGUUUCCUUUAAUAUUGAAUGUAAUAUGUGAUCUGUAAUUUUUCUCUUCUUAUGAUUUGCUAAUGUAAAGUUACAAGACACUUGAAAUUGAUAUUUAUUA